AUGUCGUUGAUGUCGAAGUCAAAAUCGUCAUCAGGCGGAUACGGGACCUCCUCCAGGGAGAUUUUACCCGAUGCUUUAAACUCAUUGGAUGUCCCGUCGCACCAAUCUGGCUCGUCACCGGCGUUACCGUCAAAGACGCUCCAGUUGUUGUUGUAUCCAUCCACAACGUAUGCGAUGAUUAUUUGCGCUGUGAGGGUUGGUAUCUCCGUGGUUGUGGGUGUGGAUUGCUCUGUUGUGGUGGGCGUCUCGGUGGUAGUGGUUGUUUCGGGAGUUGACGUCGUUGUUGGUGACGGAGUGGAAGACGGAGUGGUGGUUGACGACGGUGUCGAGGUUAGCGUCGAUGAUGGUAUCGGAGUCGAGGACGGGCUCAAGCUGAUGGAAGACAGGUUCGACGAAGAGCUCUAUAGAGCAGUUGGACUGGAUGAGGUGCUGGAAGAAAUUGCAGAGCUGAAACCGGUGCUUGCAAAUGCCGAAGAAAGAGGAAUCUGA